GCACCCCGCCCAUUGCCGUCCGCCUGAGCAAUGCGGGCCAGAGCUCAAGUCGACGCGUCUAUGACCAAGGUGUAUCUAGCGUCUCGGCAGGCAAAUGAGCGGGCACGCACGUUUUGCCAUGUCGGGGAAGCCAGGAGCAGUCGAUGGUGAGGUGGUGCUGGCGCUGCCGCUCGGAUGACAGCGCGCACGCGGACCACCAGGAACGCUGCCAGAGGGGGGUGCGCGGUGCGGGAAUGCUGCCCAUAACAUGAAAAACGGGCGAACACAGACGAAGGGCCUGUCUCCGCCGUCAUCGUGUGGCCCGGCGGGUGCGACAGCCAGGCCUGGCCUCACAGGCAGCUCCUAUGCUCGGUGCCCCGGCCGCGCGCCAAGGAGGCCGCGCGCGGGAGGCUCCCGCGAGCCGCCCCGCGCGCCUGCCCCCUGCCAGCGGCCACGGGGGCCAGGGUCGCCCCUGGCCUGCCGGCGAGUGAGACGAGGGCCGGAGCCCCCAACCCCCGACGCGGGGGCCAAUAUCGCCCAUGGCCUGCCAGCGAGUGAGACGAGGGUCGGAGCCCCGUACUCCAAAUCCCUUCUUAAUCUCCCAUCCCCCUGCCAACGCUCCUGACUUUGUCUGCAAGCGUGCACGCCUGCGCUUGGACGGCAGCCCAGCCUUGGGGCGCGGGGGCGCCCCAGGUGGCCACUCCGACUGCACCAGAGAACCAAACAUCGGCAUGAGCAGCACAGGCCCCCGGAAGGACGUGCGGCCAUCGUCGUACUGCCACGAGUCGCGGAACAAAAAACAGCAGAAUCACAAUCUGUCGGAGGUCUGCGCGGAUUUCUUGGCUCAGCGCUGGAUCUCCCC